AUGGCCGCGCUGCUGCUGCGGGCGGCCCCCAGGCUGCUGAGGGAGCGGCCGGGCCGGGGGAGGCUCGGGGCAGCGGGGCCGGGACGGGCAUCACAGUGCUUGAUCAGAACAUUUUUUGGAUAUCCCCUAACUAAAGAAGGUUCUGGUCUGAUUCAAAAGAAUAAAGAUGUUUGUUUGAGUUUCUGCAGACCACAAAGUUCUACAGCAGCUGCUGGCAAAUCUGGAGAGGAUACCUUGCUGAAAUGGGGCCUUCUCCUCAUCCCUCUGACCACGUUUGGUCUCGGCACAUGGCAGGUUCAGCGGCGCAAGUGGAAAUUAGAUUUGAUUGCACAGCUGGCAUCAAGAAUCACAGCAGAUCCCAUCCCUCUGACAUUAGACCCCAUGGAACUGAGGGAGUUGGAGUACAGACCUGUGACGGUCCGAGGGCGCUUUGACCACUCCAAGGAGCUCUACAUCCUGCCCCGCUCGCUGCUGGACCCCGAGCGGGAAGCCCGGGAAGCCGGGAGGAUCACAUCCCACCCGGAGAACGGAGCCAACGUCGUCACCCCCUUCUACUGCACAGAGCUCGGGGUCACAAUUUUAGUCAACCGAGGAUUUGUGCCCAGGAAGAAAUUGAAACCAGAGACAAGGCUGACGGGACAGAUUGAAGAUGAGAUUGAUCUCACAGGGGUGGUGAGGUUAACAGAAAAAAGGAAACCCUUUGUGCCUGAAAAUAACAUUGAAAAAAACCGCUGGCACUACCGGGACCUGGAGGCCAUGGCCAAGGUGACCGGUGCUGAGCCCAUCUUCAUCGAUGCAGAUUUCAGAAGCACAGUCCCGGGAGGGCCCAUUGGGGGCCAGACCAGGGUGAGCCUGCGGAAUGAGCACAUGCAGUACAUUGUCACCUGGUACAGCUUGUGUGCUGCAACUUCCUUCUUGUGGUACAAGAAAUUUAUACAGAAGCUACCUCUGUGAGGGGAAGGAAGAAACCUCUUUUGUGCUACAGUCAAGAGCAGACUUACUUGGAUGAUAGGAGCCUGAGUAACAAGCACCUGGAAUUCCAGAGCAAUUUCAGCAAACGUUAUCAAGCUGCAAAUAGACUUUAAGCAAUCCCUGCAAACUGAGCUCCCAAGCAGUCUGAUCUGGCUGCAGGUUGGGAGCACUGAAAUUCAGUAAUCACAUUUUUUCUAUCCUGGUUGGUUGUAAACUACAUUUUAACAUCUCCACUUCUUUUCCCUGAGACAAAUCCAGCCGAUUUGGUGAAUGAGCCCAUUUGCAGCAGGUAGUCCUUCCUGAAGUCGGGAAUGGCUCACAGCAGUUGCAGAAUAAAUAAAGGCCUACAGGUCUUUGC